GAUGGUCUGCAAAUUCGGGCAGCAUCCAUGGCUGCAAAUGUCAUUAGUUGUUCAUCUGAGCACUGCAUGUAGGAACAGUCCUGCACAUCCUUCGGAUUCCUUCCUAGGCCCUUCAAGCGCAAUGCAAUCUGCAGAAACCAGCUGCUGAUGCAAACAGUGGCAGUUUCCUGAUCAGCCGGCUCCAUUAGCUGGGACGACAAAUCGCCCCCGGUCCCCCCUGCACGCAGUUCCACGUAGUUGAGCUGCAAAACCUGCAAAGGAGGAGCAUGCUGUUGUUCUACCUGUGAGUUAUCACCUGGUGCGCCAGUGAUGGGUUCUGUACCGCAGCGGCGCGCGAUUGAGUGGGGCGGCAGUCUCCUCCGCUUACAGAGGCACAGGAGCCGCCGGGAAGGGGUUUUUCUCGCCCGCUCGUUCUCUGCGCACGGGGAUGGCGAGAAGGCGCAGAAAGGCGCUUCCUCGCACUCCGACCCCCGCAACUCCUCCUGCUUCGUCGACGGCCUCUCCUCUCAAAGCAUUCUAUCGAGCGCUGCAUUUAGUGCAAAAGACGUCACCUCUCCUCCCAAGUUUCCGGGACUGAGGGGCCAUGGAGACUGGGGCGAGAGGGGCGGUGCCGGCCCCCUCAGAGACAGCGCGUCGAAGCACCGGGCGCAGAACCGGCUCCUCUGCUUCCGCUGUGACGCGGAGCUCUCGGCCCCUGGGGCGGGCGACAUCACGCCUGAUGUCAGCUUCCACCAGACGCGGUUUCUGGAAGUCGGAGUACAGCCGACCGUCCUCUGGUGCAAAGCCUGCCGAGAAGUGCACCUUUUCAACCCCGUCGUCCGGCCGUUCGCCACCCCCGUGACCUGGGUCCCCGGGGGGGCGUCCCGUCACUCCCAGCUGCCCAUCCUAGUUCCCGCCAGCAAAGCGCCCAGCCCCGCGCAGCACCGAGACAGUGCGCCACGUUCUCCAGCAACGAAUAGCGAGAGUUUUUCGGACGGGCGGGGUCCGCCCCCGGCUUGGCAAACGAGCUACCAGAGCCAGUUGGUACGACCAGUGCCAUCGAUUGUGAUGCAACCCUCGCAGGGGUCUCCAAUUCUGCCUGCCGUGGGGGAUAGGCCGGGGACGUACUUCAGCGGGGGCGGCAGCGGGGGGGGCCAGGAACCCCCCGGCGGCGAUCGGUGGAAGGAUUUCAAGCUGGCGACCCCUAAGCAGAUUGUCGCGGACCUGAACACUUUUGUAAUUGGGCAGGAAAAUGCAAAGAAGGUGUUGGCAGUACAAGUGUACAACCAUUACAAGCGGGUCUUCUUCGAGGACCAAAAACGCGAGCGGGCGAAGAAGGACAAGGGGGAUCCCCCCCCGUCAACGUUCUCCACUUCAGGGGGGCCCGCGGGAGUGUCCGGCUCCCCCACCUUCACUAGUUCGUACCACCCCCCCACUUACAACACGUCUUACCGGGGGGCGCCGGACGCCUUCUCGGACCACUCGUCGCACGGGUACAACCGUCCGAAAGAUCCGGACUUUUAUUCGUCGCCCCCCCCGGAGGCGCGGCCCGCACCGGAGCGGUUUGGGGCGAAGGAAGAAGUUGUCGAUACGGAGGAACAGGCGCUGGACGAGGAGGUGGAGCUGGAGAAGAGUAACGUGCUUCUGAUGGGGCCGACGGGGUCAGGCAAGACGCUUCUUGCCAAGACGCUUGCGAAGCUGAUGAACGUCCCGUUCACGAUCGCGGACGCCACAAACCUGACCCAGGCGGGGUACGUCGGCGAGGACGUGGAGAGCAUUUUGUACAAGCUGUUCCAGGAGGCCAAUUACGACAUCCCGCUCGCGCAGAAGGGCAUCGUGUAUAUCGACGAGAUCGACAAGAUCACCAAAAAGGCCGAGAACAUGAGCAUCACGCGGGACGUGUCCGGCGAGGGGGUGCAGCAGGCGCUGCUGAAAAUGCUGGAAGGCACGGUGAUGAACGUGCCGGAGAAGGGGGGGCGGAAAAGCCCGCGCGGCGAGUUUGUACAGAUCGACACUCGCGACAUCCUGUUCAUCGUGGGAGGGGCCUUCGUAGAUUUGGACAAGAUCGUUGCGGACAGGACGGCUGCCGCGUCGAUCGGGUUUGGGGCCCCGGUGCGGAGCCAGGACCCGCACGCGCAGGACGCCGCCACGCGGGCCAAGCUUCUGGAGUCGGUAGAAAGCCGGGAUCUGAUGGCGUACGGCCUCAUCCCCGAGUUCAUCGGACGGUUCCCAAACGUCGUCAGCCUGGACGCGCUCACAGAGGACCAGCUGGUGCAGGUGUUGGUCCAGCCCAAGAACGCGGUUGCGCGGCAGUACCGCAAGAUGCUGCGAAUGGAGAACGACGUGGUGCUGCACUUCACCGACUGCGGCCUGCGUGCGAUCGCCAAGCGCGCCAUGGCGCUCGACACUGGCGCGCGCGGCCUGCGCAGCAUCCUCGAGAGACUGCUGCUGGAGCCCAUGUUUGAGGUUCCUGACGAUGCUGAGAUCACGGCCAUCGUAGUGGACGCGGACUCCGUCCCCCAAGGUAACGACAAGUCGCGGGGACCCAUCAUGUUGCGGGGCGAGGGCGCGCUGGACAGGUGGCUUCACGAGCACGGCCUGCCGAGUGUUUCGAGAAAGGCGGAGAGUGCCGACACGCAACCGCACCCAGAAGCGCACCCGGAAGAGGAGGAACACGAGGAGGUUCCGUUAGCGGCCGUCGGAAUGUAGAAGACACGCGAGCAUAAAUCGUUGCAUCACUGGAGUUCGGAAGCGAGUGACAGGUGGCAGAUAAUCUAGGUAUCGGUCAGCACCAGUGUACAGUCUUCCGGGAGUCGCUCGUGUGAUACCCCUUAAGUCCGGUGGAAAGCUGACAGAGGUGUGCGAAGAUUGUGGGUUUGUACAUACAUGUCCCAAGGUAAUCAGUCAGGUGUUGAUUCCGCACAGGGCUAGACACUUUGUUGGCAGGGCUAGCACCUCGUUUCAACUUGUCCUACUGCAUCCCCCAUGCUCCGCUUGUCCGGGCGUGUAUGGAGCAGUAGAUGGAAGGUAGUGACGUUUCAAUACUUCACCGUCAUCAAAUCAUGUGCAGAUUGUGCAACCUGCAUUGCCAACUUCAGCUGUUGUCCGAGCUCCUGGCUCACGAGCGAGUUACUCGAUACUUGCAGGCAAUCGCAUUUAGAGAAGGAUAUUGACCAUGCGACAAUCGUAAC